AUGUCUACAACAAAUGAAUUAUUAUCUAUUGUUCAUGAUGAUUAUAUUGUACCAUUGAAUGUACGUUAUACAGAUUUCCUUAAUGCUCUCUCAGAAAUUCACGAUGAAACUAUGCAAGAUCGUUGUUAUAAAUACUGGAUGUCACUCUAUCGAUAUUUUGAUUGUUCGAUGAGUAAUGAACGAGUUCUUAUGCUUGAAGAAAAACGAAUACGAAAUAUUUUACAUCAUCUUAAUAUUGAAAUAGCUUCAUAUCAAUCAGAAAUCAUCUAUCAAAUUCGUGAUAUAUUUCUACAAAGUCAUCAAGUUUUAGCCGAUCUUUAUAUUAAAUAUAAUAGAAAAAAGAACAAUUUAAAAAAGAUUGAACAAAUUAUGAAUAAUUUAGAUAAUAGAAUUCAAAAGAAAAAAUCAGAAAAUAGUAUAAAAACUAUUUUUACAACUGUUUCUUCAUCAACAUCUUUAAAAUCGAUGAUGGAAACAAUUGAUAAUUUAAAAUUACAAAUAAAAAAUCUUCAUAUGACACGAGGAACUUUUCAAAUAGAACUUAAUUACAAAAAAGCUAAAGUCUUUUCAAUGCAAAUGCAAAUCUUUCAUAUCCAACAAAAAAUUCAUAAAGUUGAAAAAGAAUUAAUUGACAUUCAAGAUAAGUUAACAUUCAAUCUUAAAGCAACUCAUGAACAGCAUGACAAUCAAUUAAAUAUACAUCUUCAAUAUAAACCAAAUAUUUCCAUUUUAAUUGAUCAAGAUUAUUUAAAUAUUGAUCAUCAAUUAAUUAAAGAACAAUUAAAUAAUGAACAAAAUCUAUCAAUAGAAUUGCUAAAACAAAAUAAAAAAUUAAACAACAUUCUUUUAUAUCAUAUGAAGAUUCUCAAAAUGAAUGAAAAUAAACAAAUACAAUUGAAUAUAAAUAAUAAAAAUUUCAUUAAAAUAAUUAAUAUAAAACAAGAACAAAUUGAAAAAGAAAAAGAUAUAAAACAAGAAAUUUCUCAGUUCUUAACUGAACUUAAAAUCGAAUUAAAAAGAAAAGAAUAUAUUUUAUCUACACAUCAUCACCAAAAUCAUAUUAUUGAACUUAAACAUAAACGUGAUCAAUAUCUUCAAAAUACUACAAAACAUACAUUUGAAAAUUUUAAUCAAUCGAAAAAUAUUAUUAAAAAAAAUAUUCAUCAAGAAAUUAAUCAUCGUUUACAAUUAACAAUUAUUUCUUAUAAUCUCAAACAACAGAUAAAUAUUCUUGAAAAUACUACACAACACUAUGUUUUACUUGUUAAAAAACAACGACAAAAAGUAAUUAAUUAUGAAAAAUUACAUGAUAAAUGGAUUCUACAUAUAAAUAUAAAUCGAAGUCGUUUAUUAGAAUUAUUUAAUAGAAUUAAUAAAAUUGAACAAUAUAUAAUUAAUACAAGAAAUUUUUUUCAACAAUUUAAUCAUAUUAAAUUAUCAUUAAUACCAAAUAUAUUAAUAUUUUAUAAUGAAAUGAAUUUAUCUAUACAACAACGGAGAAACAAGAAUAAUAACACUAAUGAUGAUAAAAGUUCAUUAAAUAUGAAAUUAUAUCAAAUGAAAAAAAUUUUACAUUCAAAUCAAAUAAUUUUUCAACAAAUAAAACAAAAUAUUUCAUUUAUCAAUAAAAAUCAUUCAAUACUAUUAAAUCAAAUAUUAACAAUAGAUAAACAACGAUUACAUCUUAUUCAAUAUAUCGAUUCUCUUCAUAAUAAAUACUUUGUUGAUGAACAACAAAUAUUAAAUAUUUUAAAAAAAUUCAAUAAUAUAAAAUAUACUAUUGAUUUAAAUUAUCAAAAAUUUCAACAAUUUACAAUAGAAAAACAAAAAAUAAUACUUUUUUUACUAAAAAAACAACAUUUAAUUAUAUUUAUUAAUGAAUAUAUUCAAUUAAAUGAAUCAAUUCGAAAUAAACAUCAAUUAUCUUAUAAUAAACUUAUGAAUCAAAUUCAACAAUUACGAAAUAAAAUCUUAGAUGAAAUUCAUAAAAUUAAAUCAUUUAAAAAACAAUAUCAACCAAAUAUAAAACAAUUUAUUUUUCAUUUACAAAAAGAAUUAUUCGAAUAUAAAAAGAAAAACAAUUAUUUACAACACCGAAUUCACCAACGUCACAUUACUCAACAAAUAUUAAUUGCUUCCAAUAAUAAACCACUUAUAAAGGAAGAUAAUGAACAAUAUCGUACCAAUUUACAAAAAAAAGCAUCAUCGAUUAUUUAUCGUCUUAUUUGCAAUACUCAUUAUAAUAUUAUUCUACACAAACGUUUAGAUUUACUCAUACAAAAUACUGUUCUAUUUUAUGUUAUUGAUCAACAAUCAUUAAAAGAAUUUUAUAUUUUUUAUUUAAAUAAUGCCUUUGAUUUUUAUCAUUUAAAUAAUCAAUUAAAAGCAUCUGUAGCAGAAUUGCGUGUAUUUAAAAAUGAAAUAUUAAUUUAUAAACAAAUCUAUACCAAUAUGAAAUAUUCAUUAAAAGAUUAUUUUUCUUGCCUGAAAAAUAUUUAA